AGGGUCUGUUAAGGCAGCUGGGAUACAAGCAGCAGCAGAACAUCUAUUGCAUUUCAAAAUGCUUUUGCUUUCCUCUAAGCCUCAGAGAUUUAGUCAACUUUUCAUCAGCAUUUUUCUUCAGAAGACAGGAUACACCUUUUCCUCUUUCUAAAAGAAGGAACUGAUCUGCCUGCAAUCAGAAGCAACUGCUUUCAGUAUCACAGUUUUUGCUACUUGAUUUGUGAUACAUUUAGCGCAAGAAUUCUUCACCGGAAUUAUCCACUUUCCUUGAUGAUGAAGAAAAGCUUGUUCCCAGUUUGGCAGUGAAUGAGAGCUAGCUGCUAGUAUUAAAGCCUUCCCAACAGAGCCAGCCACUCACCGGAAAAGGAUACAGAUCUGAGUUCAAUUUGAUGACUCGUGGCGAAAAUAUGCAGAGCAACAUGACGACAUGCAGUGCCACCAUUGAUGAAUUCCGGAGUCAAGUGUACACUACGACGUACUCUAUAAUCUCAGUGUUGGGCUUAUUAGGAAACGGCUUUGUGCUGUGUGUCCUUAUAAGAACAUUCCAGGAGAAAACAGCCUUCCAGAUAUACAUGCUCAACCUUGCUACUUCAGACCUGUUGUUUGUCUGCACACUGCCUCUGCGGGUGGUAUACUAUGUCCACAAGGGCGACUGGUUCUUUGGUGACUUCCUAUGCCGGAUCAGCUCCUACGCCAUGUACGUCAACUUGUACUGCAGCAUCAUGUUCAUGACGGCCAUGAGCUUCUUCCGCUGCAUUGCCAUUGUUUUCCCCAUGCAGAACCUCAGGUUUGUAACUCGGAAGAAAGCCGUACUGGUAUGUGGAGCCAUUUGGAUCUUUGUGACACUGACGAGCAUACCAUUUCUGCUGAGCGGCUCAUACCUGGACAGUUCGAGCAACAAGACUAAGUGCUUUGAGCCCCCGCCAAGAGAUCAGAUGCUGAAGCUGGUGGUCCUCCAUUAUAUUGCAUUAUUUAUUGGCUUCAUCAUUCCCUUCACCACCAUCGCCGCCUGCUACACCAUGAUCAUAAGAACCUUGCUGAAAAAUUCCCUGCAAAAAAAAGAAGCAGCCCGCCGGAAAGCCGUCUGGAUGAUUGUCAUUGUCACCUUGACCUUCCUCUUGAGCUUUGCUCCCUAUCAUGUCCAACGCACGAUCCACAUUCAUUUCAUGAUGGAAGGGGGUUCGCGUAAUGAGGAUACCCUCUACAUGCAGAAAUCUGUGGUGAUAACGCUUUCCCUGGCAGCUUUCAAUUGCUGCUUCGACCCACUUCUCUAUUUCUUCUCUGGAGGCAACUUUCGCAAAAGGCUUUCUACCUUCCGAAAGGGGUCAGCCUCCAGUGUGUCGCAGGCACACAAGUUCAAGAUGUCCUUAAAGAACUUUGAGGAGGAGCCAGCUAAUGGGAAGGCACGAGAAGAGAUGGGCUUAUAGCCUUUGCAGAAGCUACCAGAAAAUCCUGGCAGGGUGGGAAGCCAAAAGAGCUGGCACACUGCCAUCUCUUAAGUUAUCAACAUGAUGGUGCAAGGCAACCUGGAACUGGCAUGACCUCUGGUGUCUUUCAGAUACCUCUGUAGCAGUCAUACCAAUCUGAGCUGCAUUAUCCCAUGUGUGUUGGUGGUUUAGCAGAUGUGUGGGAUGAUUUGUCAUAUUUAUUUGCCACAUUUAUGUCCCACCUUUUCUCCAAGCUCAAGGAAGUGUACAUGGUUCUCUCUCCUCCUUCUGUUUUAUCUACAGAGCAAACCUCCAAGGCAUAGCUGUCAACUUUGGCCUUUUCUUGUGAGGAAUCCUAUUCAGAAUAGGGGAAUUUCCCUUUAAAAAAGGGAAACGUUGACAGCUAUGCGAGUCCAAAGUAGAUUAGGCUGAAAGAUAGUGGCUGUCUCACAGUUGCCCAGUAACUUUGCAUUGCAAGUAAUCAAUCAAUCAAUCAA